AUGGGCAGCAAUGGUGGGCAGGCUGGCACCCACACCUAUCAAUCCCUCACUGACGAUGGCCUCUUUGGGCCUGUGGUGCCACCCAGAAGAUCCACGGGCAGACUCAUCAUGCACAGCCUCGCCAUGUUUGGCCGAGAGUUUUGCUACGCAGUGGAAGCAGCCUAUGUGACCCCGGUGCUGCUCAGCGUGGGCCUGCCCAAGAGUCUGUACAGUGUGGUGUGGCUCCUUAGUCCCAUCCUAGGAUUUCUGCUGCAACCUGUGGUAGGAUCAGCCAGUGACCACUGCCGAUCCAGGUGGGGUCGCCGGAGACCUUACAUCCUUUCCCUGGCCAUCAUGAUGCUAUUGGGCUUGGCUUUAUACCUCAAUGGAGAUGCUGUUGUAUCAGCUUUGAUUGUUAACCCAAGGAGGAAACUGGUUUUGGCCGUAAGCAUCACCAUGAUAGGUGUGGUUCUCUUCGAUUUUGCUGCUGACUUCAUCGAUGGGCCCAUCAAAGCCUACUUGUUUGAUGUCUGCUCCCAUCAAGACAAGGAGAGGGGCCUCCACUACCAUGCCCUCUUCACAGGUUUUGGAGGUGCCCUGGGUUACCUCUUGGGUGCCAUAGACUGGGCCCAUCUGGAACUGGGAAGAGUGCUGGGCACAGAAUUUCAAGUCAUGUUCUUCUUCUCUGCCUUGAUGCUUACUUUCUGUUUUAUUAUUCAUCUGUGCAGUAUCCCUGAAACCCCACUUAGAGAUGUUGCAAAAGAUAUCCCCCCACCACAAACCCCCCAAGACUCCCCACUGUCCUCAGAAGGAAUGUACGAGUAUGGUUCUAUAGAGAAAGUUAAAAAUGGUUAUGCCAAUCCAGAGCUGGCAAUGCUGGAAGGAAAACAUAAAAAUCUGGCUAAACAGCCUCAGAAGGUAAUGACCAUGAAGUCACUUGUGAGCGCACUGGUGAACAUGCCUCCCCACUACCGCUGCCUAUGUAUCAGCCACCUCAUCGGAUGGACUGCCUUCCUGUCCAACAUGCUCUUCUUCACAGAUUUCAUGGGCCAGAUUGUGUACCAUGGGGAUCCCUAUAGCCCACACAACUCCACAGAGUUUCUCAUCUAUGAAAGAGGGGUCGAGGUUGGAUGUUGGGGUUUGUGCAUCAACUCUGUGUUUUCUUCAGUUUAUUCUUACUUUCAGAAAGCUUUGGUAUCCUACAUCGGCUUAAAGGGUCUUUACUUCGUGGGAUAUUUGCUGUUUGGCUUGGGGACAGGAUUUAUAGGACUCUUCCCAAAUGUCUACUCCACGCUGGUCCUGUGCUCCUUGUUUGGCGUAAUGUCCAGCACCCUGUACACUGUGCCCUUCAACCUCAUCACCGAGUACCACCGUGAGGAGGAGAAAGAGCAAAGGCAGCAGGCCCCAGGAUGGAGCUCCGGCGGCGGCAGCAGUGAACGUGGGAAGGGCAUGGACUGUGCUGCUCUCACUUGCAUGGUGCAGCUGGCUCAGAUUCUGGUCGGAGGUGGCCUGGGCUUUCUGGUCAACACAGCUGGGAGCGUCGUGGUGGUGGUAGUCGCAGCCUCUGCCAUGGCAUUCAUUGGCUGUUGCUUUGUGGCUCUCUUUGUUAAAUACGUGGAUUAGGUCAACAAAGAGACAAUGGUCUUACCCUCAGACCAGUGAAGCACACGGCAAGGGAAUCCAUCUUUUCUCUGCUCCUGUACCUUUAGAACCACUCCUCUGGGUGUCCUGCAUUGUGAUUUUAGCUGAAAUCAUCUGCUCACCCCUCACAAGAAGUCCAGCUCCCUGGCACAGCAGACUGAAGUAUCAGCAUCAUUUGUCUGAGCUCCAACUCUGCACUGGUAUAAGUGUGGCUGGGUGCACGUGGCAUACUGCGUCUUCCUCACUGCGUCGCAGUGCAAAGGUGGGCGAGGAAGGGUCUGUUUUGCACAGAGCUUUUCAGGUCUUGAGAAGCACACUAAUCCUACCUGUGAUGCUUACAUUUAUCCUGUAAGAUGCUCUUUUGAAAAGUCAGCAGUCCUUACAAAGUUGGAGAGUCACAUAGUUCACUAAGUUCACAAAUACUAAAAAUAUGACUGAUGAUUUUUAUGAUUUUGAUUUUUUAUAUUUAACUUGCUCAUAAUUGAUGCCUAUUAAUAAUGUAUGACAUUCUGAGAAGUCUGCUUGAACCUUCAUGCUCAUUUUAUUACAUAGUAAAUUUAUUUCUGUCCAGUUUGCUCUGUUGUUUCCUCCUCUGGAAUUGAUAUGAAAAUCUUUCAGUGAUCUUCUGUGCCCAGGCUGAGCAGCCUUCCUCUAGCCAUAUCCCUCCACUGUCCCUCUUUGCAGUGACGUUUUCAGCACCUUGGAAGGCAGCAUGCUUAACAGGGACACCAUGAGCUAUGGAACCCAGCUGGGUUUAAAUCUUGGCUUUGCUA